AUGCUGGGAUCUCGCGAUUUUAAGCAGAUGAGGAAAGCUGGGGUGCUUCUGCUUCUGCUUCUGCGACCAUGCCGAUAUCGCAUGCUUGCUUGCACGAACGGCGGUGAAGCUCUUCGGCCAAAGACCGUCACGGCCAGCACACCACCAGUCCUAACUGACCCGGAGGUGAACAGUCGAGACUUGAAGAGAAUGUCUGGCCAAGCUGGCGGCCAAGACACAUGUUCAUUUGAUAUCACACUUGCCGUCGCUCUACGACAAUAUAAUGGCUGGUUAUUAUGGAUGGUCUUCCUGCUAUGGGAUGGGGUUUCAGCUACGCCAGGCCCGCAGAACGAGUUGUCAGGGCCAAGAGUGAUUCUCCGGAUGGGGGUCGCCCAGCAGACAGCUACGUAUAGUUUCAGUCUCUGUAUUCGCAUCAGAGAACGCUUCGAACUGCCGUCCCGUUCAACUCUAUACAACCACUGCGUCCAGAAUGAAUGGACAUGGCCCAGCCAGAUCGCCCUUCUGGAAGGCGUGAUGCCAGGAGUGCUCUCUCGAUCUUCAGUCAUCCCUGCUCUGAACCGCGGGCUUCCCUCUCGAGAUGCCCCGAGCCUGUUCCCUGCCCUGUCCUAG